AUACUCCACUACCACCAUGAAACCCUCCAUUUUCGUAUAUUUGAAUCCUCCCGAAAUACAUCUCCCCGAGGUCUGCUCUGGACACAGCUCUGCAGAAGCCAGACUGUUGCAAAAGCCCGGUUUGCAGCAGUCCCUUUCUUUGCGGCAGCGCUUUCCUAUCGUGGCAAGUGGCUCUGCAGCGCGGCCGUGCAGCAUGCUAGAUCCUGAGGGCAGUGUGGAGCACAAAUCUUCCUCUUCCUUCCCCAAAGUUCUCCUCAUCCCUCUAGCCAUGCUCCUUGCAAUUGCAGCACUCCUGCUCUUAGCAUUCUCCGCUACGCAGCAGAAAGAGCCUGAUUUUUACACUUUCAAAGUUGUAAACAUCAGGGGCAAACUAGUCUCUCUGGAGAAAUACAGGGGCUCGGUGUCACUUGUCGUCAACGUUGCGAGCGAGUGUGGGUAUACAGAUAGCCACUACAAGGCCUUACAACAGUUACAGAGAGACCUCGGUCCAUAUCAUUUUAACGUGCUGGCAUUCCCAUGCAAUCAGUUUGGGCAGCAAGAACCAGACACUAACAAAGAAAUCGAGAGUUUUGCACGAAAGACUUACAGUGCCUCCUUUCCUAUGUUCAGCAAAAUUGCAGUCAGUGGAGCUGGUGCAAUUCCUGCCUUCAAGUACUUAAUUGAUUCUACAGGAGAAGAACCAACCUGGAACUUCUGGAAAUACCUGGUGGACCCCAAUGGGAAAGUAGUAAAGGCCUGGGACUCUACUGUCUCUAUUGAAGAAAUAAGACCUUAUGUUACAGAACUUGUAAGGAAAAUCAUCCUGAAGAAGAAAGAUGAAUUAUGACUUUCAAAAAUCCCAGCAUGCCAAUUAUAUCUUUACUGAGGAUUAGGGCUGGACUUCUGUCUUUUCACAUUCCAAAAGAGAGUAUAUGGGGAAGGGAAAUUAGGUAAUCUAUAUUCACCAUCCUAAGAAUGUAGAAACCAGCAAGUUAGCAUAGUCAAAGUAAUUUAAUUUUUUUCUCCAACUGAAUUCAGUUUGACCUUUCUGGGAAAGAAGAACCCAUCAGCAAUUGUUUCUUUCCCAAUUCAAAUUAUUAAUUGUUGAUAACACUAUAGGAAGUCAGUUUGUGUACCUGUAGGAAGAAGGGUCAGAGUAACAAGAAUUUCCUGACUGGGAUCUCAUUGAUAUCUAUAAUUCUGUUGUCAUAUUUUGAUCAUGAAUGAAAAAAUAAAGAGUAAAAAGUGUGUGUGAUUGACUUAAGGUGUGUGCUAGGAAGAGGACCAAACCAGAUACCUUCAAACCAGGCAGACUGCAUAGACAUAUGUCUUUCUAGUUACCAAGGCCAAACAUACUUAAUUUCAUCUGUCUAGAAAGUCAGUUAAGAACGGCAUGGG